AUGAGGUUCAUCUUCUGGCUGAGGUACAUGGUCAAGACAGCUGCAUUCCGUUCGUACAGGGGUCUCUUCUAUGUCUUCCUGCGACUGAUCCGAUACUGCCAAUCUAUGGUGAAUGGGAAAGAGGAAGAUUUCCGACAACGCCCCGGCGGUUUAGCAUUGAGCUCUCAGCCAGGGACCAACCAACCUGACUCCCAGCCGGCGCCUCCUGUGAGCCUCGCAGUGCCGUUGCUCGAGGCACCUCCACAGAGUCUACCCAGCCGAGGGUCCCAGCCUCAAACGGAUAUCCAGAAUCUUCAGGUGCCAACUCCCGGCAUCUCCGAACUGUAUAUCACCACGCCAGGCCAGACGUUUGAUAUCACUCUUAUUCCCAUUACACCACUUGAGGUCAACCGAUACGGGAGGAAUGUGCGAGUUAAAGAUGAGUACGAGGCUUUCUUGGUCGAGAAAGGUCCUUUGGAUUGUUCAGAGGAGCUUGCUCCGGUCGCGGGAUGGGAGCCGCUCACGCAACCAGAAGGGGCUAUGAUCUUCUAUCAGCCAUAUAAAAGAGUUUUCACUGAUGUUGAUGUUCGAGAUCCUCAGAUUAUAGUCAAAAUUGACAAAGCUGUUGAGAAGGCGUACCAUGAAGCGCGCAACGCAAGCAUCCCCUUGGAUCCAUUCGUCGAGCUAGGGUUAGAGCUUAUUGUAAAGGACGGCGAAGAAAUGUGGGGCUACUACUUUGUUGACCACAAAAAACGUGUCAUUUUCUGGUUCGAAGACCACAGAUCCGAUUCUCUCAUGAGUCGCAUCCGAGGGGUAGAGCGAAAAAGUCAUAUCAAGUAUGCACUAGAAUCACAAUACUGGAGACACAUUGAGCUAUUUCCAAACAGACGCUUCCUUCCGGAAGACAUUGUUGUGGAACUCAAAGAACUCGUCAUGUAUGCUCAAGCAGAUAGUAUCACUUCUCAAACAUCCGUAGUACAUUUUGCUUCGGACGACAUCGCAAAUAUUCUCAGCCUCGUCGAUCUUCUUAGAAAGAGUGCUAACAAGAACCGCGAGCAUUCCGUGUGGAUCGCUGCUCGAAUCAUGAAACAUCUCUGCGAAACUAAGUUUGUGAAUUUCUAUGGACAACCAGGCACCCGACUCGACGUAGAGAAAUCGUUGUACGGAAAAUCUGAUGCCCCAAAAAACAAGCUUUCUCGUGCCGUUAAUGCUAUGAUUGGAAGAUGGCAAGAGAGCAAGGCCUUCCACAAAGUAUGGGUCGAUGGAAGGAUCGUUCAUGCGCGGUGGGAGCAGUACAUAGACAAGCUGAAUAGCGACUGGAAUGGAUAUACAAUAUUUUCUACUGUGAUGGUUGCUGUUGAUGUCAGCUUUCUCGCAGUCCCAUCCAUCCAGACUCAAGAUGGUGUGAUCAUACAACUUUACACCUCUACCUUCUCCGCCAUGUGCUCGUUGUUCAUUACGCUAUUGUUAGUUACACAAGUUAAUAAGGAAUUACGAGGCUCCAAUACAGCCGUGGUUUCUUACCUAAGCAGAAUGGCGGCGGGUUCUGUGCUUGACUCGGAAAGCUUUCCAUUUUUGCUCAGUCUGCCGCUCGGAUUUCUGAAGCUUGGGUAGGUUCCCUGUUACGUUUCAUGUUAGCGGCUUAUUGUUCGACAGAGUAUCCUGCUUCAUUGGAGCACUGCUGUCUGCGAUUAUCGGCAUUGCUACCUUUCCUGCCAACAUCAUUAUAUAUUCAGUAUUGAUAGCCAUGGGCCUUCUAGUAUCUUGGCUUCUACAUUCUAGAAGUGUUACUUAUGUUGGGCUUGUGCCGUGGUACUUGCUUCGCAUGUGCUACUGGAACACGAGCCGAUUCAUUGUUUACUUGUGGAACAGGAUCAUAGAACGAGUGUCGCCUACGGUCACUACCCCCUUGGAAGUCUAAGUGAUUUUCUGUAGCGCGCGAGCUUUAUAGCAUCAUUUUGGUUGAUUUAUGCCAUACCCUUUUAAAUCUACAUAUACUUACACAGGAUACAAAUAUCAAUGUUAUGUAUCAAUGUUAACCCAACUUCGGGUUUAUUGCUGUUAGAGACGGACACGG